ACCCCGGACUCCACUUCUCCUCCUCAGGCGUAAUCGGCGCCAUCUAUAUACUGGGCACAACACCACCUGCAUCAUGUAGCCUAUCCGCAGCAGAGCUCAGUCGCUCGAACUUACCACUUUACCCCCCAGUUUGGUCGAUUCACCCGUCCCAACAUGUCUUCCACCGCUUUCGUCCCGUUUUCCGAACCGCCCUACAUUGUCGGCUUACCAUCCCCAUACUACAAAGAGACACAUCUGAGAUGGCAGAAAGCGUGUCGCGAGUUUGUGGACAAGCACAUGCUUGAGAAGUCACUAGAAUGGGACACAAAUGAAACUGUCCCUGAGCAUGUCUUCGAGACCUUCGCGAAAGCAGGCAUGCUACUACCUACGCUGCCAGCACCUCUCCCAGUAGAAUGGUUGAAGAAGCUGGGCAUCCACGACAUCCUUGGUGUGGUGAAGGUUGAGGAAUGGGAUUACAUCCAUACUAUGAUCUAUGCUGAUGAGAUGGCACGAACUGGACUUGCAGGACCCUCUGGAUCUCUCACAACAGGCAUGUCCUUCGGCGUUCCGCCCAUCAUCAAAUAUGGCAACAAGCAGCUACAAGAGCGCUUCCUCCCAGAACUCCUUACCGGCAAGAAGCGAACCUGCAUUGCCAUCACCGAGCCCGAAGCCGGAUCAGACGUCGCGAACAUCACAACGACCGCUACGAAGACACCUGAUGGAAAACACUAUAUCGUCAAUGGAACCAAGAAGUGGAUCACCAAUGGAAUCUGGUCAGACUAUUCUUCUAUGGCUGUAAGAACCGGUGGUCCUGGACCAACAGGUCUGUCUAUGUUGGUUGUGCCUUUGAAAGGAUACCCAGGAGUCAACAUGCGUCGCCUGAAGGUUGGAGGUCAAGUGAGCGCAGGCACAACUUUCAUCGAGUUGGACGAUGUCAAAGUACCAGUCGAGAAUCUUAUUGGAGAGGAGGGAAUGGGCAUGAAGUACAUCAUGACAAACUUCAACCACGAACGGCUCACAAUUGCCAUUGGUGCAACCCGUCAAGCGCGUGUCGCCCUGUCCGCCGCUAUGGAGUACGUCCUCAAGCGCGAAGCCUUCGGAAAACCGCUCGUCGAUCAACCCGUCGUACGUCACCGCCUGGCGAAAGCCGGCGCUCUUUUGGAGUCUCAGUGGGCUUGGGUCGAGCAGUUCGUAUACCAGAUGGUACACAUACCAAAAGCAACAGCGGAUAUCGAACUAGGUGGAUUGACCGCUAUGGUCAAAGCACAAAGUGGUAUUGUACUGAACGAAUGCGCACAAACGGCGCAACUGCUGUUUGGCGGCAAUGGAUACACAAAGAGUGGGCAGGGAGAGUUGGUUGAGAGGAUCUACCGCGAGGUACCAGGCGUACGGAUACCCGGUGGUUCAGAAGACGUAAUGCUGGACUUGGGCGUGAGGCAGCUUGUGAAGAAUUUCAAGAACAAGACCAAGGCGAUGGAGAGACCCAAGGGUUCUUCGAAGCUAUAGAGACAGAGCAUUCUAGAGGUGUACCUGAAGGUUACAAUCUUUGCAAAUACCGACUUGGACAUUGGCUACUGUCAGCUUCCUUACAAAAGCAUUGUGAUAUCUUGCUCUGAACAUAGCCCAUAUUUACGUCGGCAGGUCCUGUGUUCGCAACAACGCAUCUUCAUACGGGAGGCUCCUCACCGCAAUUUACGGCUUGGAAAUAGUCUUUGUCCUGUGUUCCUCAUUCGGUUUUUAUUCGGCUUGCUCCGAGUAUUCUUUUCGUGGCUUUCGUAAUUUGACUCAAUAUCAUGUAGAUCACGAUGCUCCAGCUUCAGGUGCCUAACAC